AUGCUUCCCCGGGCGGGCAAAGAGUUUGUGGUUCGCAUCCGAUUCUCGUGGCGACAGUUGUUCCAGGGUCGGUACCUCUUGCUCACCAACACGGUUAGCGGAGGAGGCAUGUUGGCGCUAGGUGACUUCCUGCAGCAGAGCCGGGAAAAGCACAACGACCCGACCAGAAUCAGAGACUGGAACAGGACAGGUCGUAUGUUUAUGGUCGGCUGCUCCAUGGGUCCGGUGCUCCACUUUUGGUACACAUGGCUAGACAGAAGAUUUGUGGGAUAUGCUCUGAACACAGUGGUGAAGAAAGUUCUGGUUGAUCAGAUGAUUGCAUCGCCAACUCUUGGCAUGUGGUAUUUUUUAGGUAUGGGAGUCAUGGAGGGACACUCCUUGUCCCAUGGAUGGGAGGAGUUCAAAGAUAAAUUCUGGGAAUUUUACAAAGCUGACUGGUGCGUUUGGCCUGCGGCUCAGAUGGUCAACUUUUAUUUCCUUUCACCCAAAUUCCGUGUUGUCUACGUCAACACCAUCACUUUGGGUUGGGACACCUACCUCUCCUAUCUCAAACACAGAUGUGACAGUAAGCCCUCUGAGCCGCAAUCUGACAGCAGUGUGGUAGACGUGCAACAGGAAGUUCUGCCAACAUCCAAACCGCUGCAGGAGAAAAGUGGAUUGUGA